CUGGCUCUCAGACUUGUCUUCUCCAUACAGUCAGAGUGAACUGCGGGGGCAGACGGAGUGGAUUGCGGCAGUCCUCGACAGCGGAAAGAGCCUCAAAUAAGGUUGUUUUUUUUAUCGAGCUGUAUCGACUCACAACUCACGCUUUGGUUUCAUUUUUUCGCCUACUUCUUUUUUUGGAUUCGACUAACGGAACUUUUCGCUUACUCUGGAGUUUGGAGAGCCCCCCCCCUACCCCCCGAGAUAUGGACAGUCGGCGACCCGCUGCAGGGAGCGACUGGCCGGUGUACACUCAGUAGUCGCUGGAAUAAAAACUGUAAAACUCGCCGUUUGGGACUUUUUUUACUGGAUGUUUUCAUGAAGCGCUUCGCAAUUUCGGUCAGUUCUGGUACACCGUGGAUUUACCGGGCUCAGAAACGGAAAGAUACUGGUGUUUUCCUGUCGACGACCAGAAGGAUUUACGCUUCUAAAGUUGCAGGAAAAACAUGGAGACUGUAAGUCGGCAGAGCUUCCAGCCUCAUCCGGGACUGCAACAAACUCUCAAGCAGUUUCACCUCAGCUCUAUGAGCUCUCUUGGCGGACCGGCGGCUUUCUCUGCCCGGUGGCAACAUGAGCUUCUCUUCAAGAAGGACGGUAAGGAGCCCGAGCAGGUUCUGCAGCAUCUGCCGCCGCCGGUGAUGCCGGGCCCGCUGUUCAUCCCGUCGGACCGCUCCACGGAGCGCUGCGAGACGGUGCUGGAAGGCGAGACCAUCUCGUGCUUCGUGGUCGGCGGGGAGAAGCGGCUGUGCCUGCCGCAGAUCCUCAACACGGUGCUGCGGGACUUCACCUUGCAGCAGAUCAACUCGGUGUGCGACGACCUGCACAUCUACUGCUCCCGGUGCACGGCGGACCAGCUGGAGAUCCUCAAAGUCAUGGGGAUCCUGCCCUUCUCGGCCCCGUCCUGCGGCCUCAUCACCAAGACGGACGCCGAGCGGCUCUGCAACGCCCUGAUCUACGGAGGCGCCUACCCGCCGCGCUGCAAGAAGGAGCCGAGCGGAGGCUCGUCGCUGGAGCUGGAGCUCACCGAGCGGAGCUUUAAGGUAUACCACGAGUGUUUCGGCAAGUGCAAGGGCUUGUUCGUGCCGGAGCUGUACGCCAGCCCGAACGCAGCGUGCAUCCAGUGCAUGGACUGCAGACUCAUGUACCCGACGCACAAGUUCGUGGUGCACAGCCACAAGGCACAGGAGAACAGGACUUGCCACUGGGGCUUCGACUCGGCCAACUGGAGGGCGUACAUCCUCUUGGGCCAGGAUUACUCUGGGAAAGAGGAGAAGGCCCGCUUGGAGCAGCUCCUGGACGAGAUCAAGGAGAAAUUUGACUUCGCAAACAAGUACAAGAGGAAAGCCUCGUCCAGGGCGUCUGAUCCCAUCCCGAUCAAAAAGCCCAAACAUGAAGACUUCCCAUCGCAAUUCCUGCUGGCUGACAAAGAGAAGCAGCACGACUGGCUCCAGUCCCUGGGCGCCUCCAAUAAGGGGCUUAACUGCUUGCAGCCGAGGCAGAGGCCCUCAGCUUUUAGACCCUGGUCCCCCCACAUCUCGGCCGGGGAGAAGGAGCCCUCCAGUCACCCCCUGGCCCUGCUGAGAGACAGCUUCUACAACUACAAGAGCCUGGAGAAAGCUGUGGCCCCUAACGUCGCCCUCACACCACUGCCCCUGGGGAAUGUGGGUCCCAUGUCCCCGUCGGUACCCAGCACCUCCCAUCCAAGUGGAGGUGAACCCCCAGGCGAGGGCGCCAACUCCAGUUCCAACUCCAACUCCAACUCCAGGCCUCACAAGAGGAGAGCCACAGGGGAGCUCCUGCCCCCGGCGCCAGAGGACCCCUGCCCUCCGUCCUCCGCUGCCAGCAAGCUACCGGCGCCGGCGCCGCCCCCACCACCGCCGCCACCGCCACCUCAGGACGACAAGGACUCUGAGGUGGAGAUCGAAGUGGAGAGCCGCGACGAAUUCACUUCGUCCCUGUCCUCCCUGUCGUCCCCGUCUUUCACCUCGUCCAGCAGCUCGGCCAAGGACUUGAGCUCGCCGGGCGCCCAGGGGCCCGUCUGCACGGUCACGUCGGCCGAGGGCCCCGCGGCCACGCCCGCCGCAGCCCCCGUGACCCCUUCAGAGCUGGGGCUGGAGUCGGAGCUGGAGAGCCUGAGGCAGGCGCUGGACAGCGGACUGGACUCCAAAGAGUCAAAGGAGAAGUUUCUGCAUGAGAUUGUUAAGAUGAGGGUGAAGCAGGAGGAGAAGUUGGGAUCAGCCUUGCAGGCCAAACGCAGCCUCCAGCAGGAGUUGGAGUUCUUGCGGGUGGCAAAGAAGGAGAAGCUGCGGGAGGCCACGGAGGCGAAGCGGAACCUCAGGAAGGAAAUUGAGCGCCUGCGAGUCGAGAGCGAGAAGAAGAUGAAGGAAGCCAACGAGUCGCGGAUCCGUCUGAAGCGGGAGCUGGAGCAAGCCCGGCAGCUGAGAGUGUGCGAUAAAGGCUGCGAGGCCGGUCGGCUCCGCGCAAAAUACUCGGCGCAGAUCGAGGACCUCCAGAUGAAGCUGCAGCACGCCGAGGCCGACCGCGAGCAGCUCCGAGCCGACCUGCUGCUGGAACGGGAGGCCAGGGAGCACCUGGAGAGGGUGGUGAAGGAGCUACAGCAGCAACUCUGGCCCAAAUCCAACAGCGACAAGGAGGGGACGCCCAGGGACAAGCACGCUGACAACUGACCCAGCGGCCAACCUCGCCGCCGCGUCCGACCAUUCCCUCCCCACCCCCCUCCCCACCCACAUUGCCGCGAAUAGAGACAGAGCGCAACGCUUGCCGCUCUCCGUCGACUUGUAUUGGGUGACGUCGCUUCCUCGUCAAUUCCAUCUGCUAGCAAACGCCAGAAGAACGCCUAAACGCUGCUGUGUGGUGGGAUGCACUACCAACAGUGUGUAUACCCCAGAACUUAAGUUUCUAUAAGCUGCCGACUAAGGAUGUAACCAUGCAUUGAAAAUCGGUUAAAAAUCGAUUUAAAUGUGAAAAGAUUCCAACUGGUUGAGAUGAAAAAAACAAACAUUACUACUAACAUCACACAGCAGGUAACGUUAGCCGGCCGUUAGCUCGUAGCGUUAGCUGGCUUAAUCACGGUUAAAACGCUGACAGCUAAACGGUUGUAAAGUGUGUCUGCAGUACAACAGUCUGCAGCUAAAGACACAGAGGGGACUACUGCAGUGACGGGACUGAAGUGUUGCAUUUGAGUACGGCUCCGUAAGCUUGUGUUGCGUUUAAUGUUAAUGUAAAAUACCCUUCUGCCAUGUAGUGUGUCUUCUCUCUUUUGUGUUUCUUUCGAUAAGAGGACACAACUGCUGUUUCGCACAGUUCUAUAUAUAAAUAAAGGAAUAUUUUUCAGUCA